AUGGAAGAAGCAAUAAAACAAAUCGAGAUAAAACAGAAGUUAGCUCAAGGCACAUGUGAAACCUUAGAACGAGCGAUCGAAAGGCGAAAUAUAACGAGCAUCGAGCGUCAUAAAAACACCAUACGGAAAACCGCAGACGAGAUUUACGAAUUAAAGGUAAAAGUACAAGAGAUACGGAUAGGAAACGGAGACAAGGCGAGCGAGAUUAAAACAUGGACGGACAGCAUAGAACUAGAACUCGAGAGAUGGGAUAGUGAGAUAGCAAAAACAUUAAAAAUAACGAAUAAAUGGAAACAAGAAGAGGAAGAGGAAGCAAAACUGCACAAGCAAGAAAUCAAAGGGAAAGUGCAUCAUGAGCAGUUCGAACAGCAACUGGAAUUCGAUAGGACUCAAAUGGAUCUAAAGCUCCAACAUGAAAUUAAGCUGGAUAAAACGCGUAAAGAGUAUGAGAAGAGACACAUUUGGACUGGCUACGCUUUUGGAACCAAUUUGAAUGGUGACGAAGCAGCGGUGACGAAGUUCUCCUACCUUAAAGAAUUGGUCGGCCCAAAAGUGAAGUCAUCCAUAGACAGUCUGCCAUUCUUUACGGAAGGUUACGAGCGGGCAAAGAAUAUCCUAAAGACGAAAUACGGGGACGACAGCGAGAUCGUGAAUGCGUAUGUACAGAACCUGAUGAAUCUACCGACCAUACAGGGAACGAAUCCUGGUAAGAUACACACAUUCUAUGAUAAGUUAGUGUUUAACGUGCAGUCUCUAGAGACAUUGGGGAAGCUGAAAGAAGUAAAUGGGUACGUUCGCAUGACCUUAGAUAAACUAGAGGGGAUACGGGGAGAUUUAGUUCGAACAGAUGAUGGCUGGCGGCAGUGGGAUUUUGUCAAACUAGUAGAUGCCCUUAGGAAAUGGACGGAGAGAAACCCCACGAGAGUCGAUGACAGGUCCCUUGAUAAAAAUAGUAAUAAGUUCUCGAAUGUUCUUCGAACGAAAACAUUCCAAACGCGCCAACACGAAACAAAACAGAGACGGUGUGUUUAUUGUAACGAGAUUGACCAUAUGUCAACCAACUGUCCAAAAUUAGUUACGUCUGCUGAGCGAAAGAAGUAUCUAAGCGAUAAGCGUUUGUGUUUCAACUGUACUGGGGCCGAUCAUCGUGCCUCCGAUUGUCGAAGCCGAUUUGCUUGUACCAAAUGUAAGCGUAGACAUCGUACCUCGAUUUGUGACGCCCCGGGUGAUACGAAGCCUCCUGCUGCGCCCUCUAAUGACACGCUACUUAACACCGCAACUUGUGCGUCCAAUAUAUCUGUCGUCUAUCCUGUCGUAGUUGUUAAUAUAAAUGGUGUUAAAUGUCGCGCCUUAAUCGACACGGGGGCGGGAAGUUCCUACGCCUCGUCUGCAUUGCUCGACAAAAUAAAAGCUAAACCCCAAAAACGAGAAAUGCGACGUAUAGAAAUGAUGUUUGGGACUUCAACCAAUUUGGUUGGAAUUUAUGCUCUAAAAAUAAGCGAUGCAGAGGAGAAGUUCUAUAUCGAGACCGAAGUAACGCGAGUUGAGAGAAGCGACCUCUUGACCUUAGACAAUCCGAAAUACCAACAACUUAUUUCAAACUACAACCACCUCCAAGGCGUAACAAUGCAAGAUCGGGACACAAAGGACCGCCUACCCGUGCAUGUAAUUCUAGGGACUGGGGACUACGCCAAAAUUAAGACGUCGACGAAACCGAGAUUGGGGUCACCCGGAGAGCCAAUCGCUGAGUUGACUAAGUUUGGGUGGACCAUUAUGUCUCCGGGCGGUGAGAAGGUCGACCUGAACAACAUGUUACUGACACAAGUGCACCGUGAAGAUUACGAACAGCUAUGUAGGUUAGACGUUUUGGGCCUACAAGACACUCCAACUGGUGAUCAAGAGAACGUAUACAGCGAGUUCAAAGAGCAGCUAUCGAGAAGCGAGCAUGGCUGGUACGAGACCAACCUCCCGUGGAAAGAUGAAUGA